CGUUGGAAGAACGUUCGAGCAAUAUAUACGUAGCUGGCCAAAUAUAGUAAGUACAUGUCGGUGCGCCGGGGCUGCUGGCCCAUUGCCGGCCGCGGUGUAAGCAAUGUAAAAAUGUGCGCAGCUCGCAGCUGGUGUCGAUAUCAUGCACGGGCUAGUUCGACGACGACAGAGUAUUCGGUGGAAAGAUUUUGACGAAGAGCAAGACAGUCGUUCCUUCUGUACCGGUGGUACUAAACGGUUCAUGUUCAAACUCUGUUCAACAAAUUUGUUGUCUCAGUCAUCGCGAGACCUUCACCUAUCUUUGCGGCAACUUUACUGAUAACAUCGCUUGGAGCUCUUUCACAUUUAUUUCCUAGUCUUUGAAUCAUGGACGAUUUCCUUGCUUGGUUUCAACACCAUGGUGGGGCCUUGGACACUUCAUCGGUGGGCAUCACCGAUUUUCCUGGCAGUGGACGUGGUGCAAUCGCACUCCAGGAUAUACCUGAAAACCACACAAUCUUCACCCUUCCUCGCUCAUUGACACUUUCCACCCAGACCUCGACCCUUCCUUCUGCGUUUGGUUUUGAAGCAUGGAGAAAGCACAAACUACACAAGGGUUGGGUUGGGUUGAUUCUUUGUAUGAUGUGGGAGGAAGCGCAAGGCAAUCAAGGAAAGUGGGUCACCUACCUCACAUCACUCCCGACGCAAUUCGAUACCCCAAUGUUCUGGAGUGACGAAGAUCUACAAGAGCUCCAAGGGACGGCUGUGGUAGACAAGAUAGGUCGGAGUGAAGCUGAGCGCGACUAUCACGAGAAUCUAGUCCCAGCGAUUAAGACUCGACCGGACCUGUUUCCCUCCGAUAAAAUCGAUACAUGGUACACACUCCAUCGGUACCAUAUUACAGGCAGCCGAAUUCUGUCUCGAAGCUUCAAUGUAGAGAGGUGGGAAGGCGAAGUCGAAGUUGAGCAGGAUGCCGAACAAGUUCUAGAAGACAGUAACGAGGACACCCAGGCCAACACAAGCAUUGGGAGCGCAAUGGAUGUUGACGAUUCAGGCGACGGUGGUGAAGCUGCUGACGAAGAGAGCAGUGAUAGAGACAGUGAUGAUGAGGAUACAGAGGAUAUACCGGAGGAGAUUGCAAUGGUUCCUAUGGCUGACCUUCUGAAUGCUCGAUAUAACUCUGUUAAUGCUAAACUUUUCUACGAGGAGCACCAUCUUCACAUGGUCACCACGAAGCCCAUCAAAGCUGGGGAACAAAUAUUCAAUACAUAUGGCGACCUACCCAACUCAGACCUCCUCAGGCGCUACGGACAUGUUGAUCUUCUUCCGUGUCCCCAUCUCAAGGGUGCGCUUGGAAAUCCACAAGACAUCGCAGAGAUACGAGCAGACCUUGUUGUUAAUGUCGUUUGUGCUGAUAAUCCUAAUGGCGAGACGCAUCGCCAGCGGAUCGAGUGGUGGCUUGACGAAGGAGGUGAUGACGUUUUCAUCAUCGACAGGGACCCAAUUCUCCCUGCAGCGCUGACAUCAUUGGUCAGACUUCUGCUUCUCUCCCAAGACGAAUGGGGAAAGACACGAGAGAAAGGGCGUCCCCCAAAAGCCAAGUUCGAUCACCAGGUCUCCCAGAUAUUGCGACGAAUAUUCGAGAUACGGCUGAGCAAUUACCAAUCUCCAGAUCUCGACGUUGACGCACAGCUCCUUGUGUCCGAAUCGCUCACGCUCAACACGAGACACGCUAUUAUAGUACGGCUUGGGGAGAAACAAAUUCUGACCGGCGCGCUUGAAACGCUGCGCCUCAUGGACGCGGCAUUGAGUGACAGCGGAAGUGUCGGAUCUAAAGGCAAGAGGCGUGUUGUGAGCGGAGGUAUGACGGAUGGGGGGAAAUCGAAAAAGGCCAGGCAUUGACCCUACGAAGGCCUAUGCAUAGACUGACCCACGCCAAGUCCCCGUCUUCUAUGCACCAACCUCCUGGUCGUUAUCAGCAUGCAGUGCAAAAAAAUGGAGGUUACCGAGUAGCUUUGUCAACUAGCCGCUACUGGUAUACCGAUCAUGUCGCUAACCCUUCCAACAGUCACUUCUACCUAUCACAUCGGUGUUGUAGCUGCUGGCCAAAAUGAUAAUGUAACGCUACAUUCCAUCAAUCGAAUAUUCUAACCUAUAGUUGGC